CUCUCUCCUUUUCACUACACUUAACUUUCUCCCUGAUCCAGAUUACAUACGAGUUUCAUUUCUCGGCAUGGAGAAGGUAUGCUUGAAAUUCUCAUCUAAAUAUCCUUCUUGACAGCUCUCUAAUCUGGCAAAUUUGGGUGAUUGUUGAACUUGUUGAUCCCUAAUUGAAGUUUCCCGGGGGAGUUAAAUCCAUCCACCAUGGAAAACCCCGUGGACUUAGACCCAGAUCUUCAGAGUUUCGAAUCGGAAGUAGAAAACAGUAAGCCAAGAUCCGAUCCGGAUUUCCAUUCCACGAGCGCGCUUGAAAUUCUGAGAGAAACAGUGCGGGUUCUUCGGUACAAUUCGUCUGGGUUCUUAUCGAUCAUGGCGGUGUUGGUUUUCCCGGUCUCCGGCUUCCUUUUGUCCAAUGUCUUCGUUAAUCAGUCCCUCGUGAAGAAACUCACAGUGAGGCUCUUGGUGCUUGUGAGAUCCAGUGGAAUUUCACUGGGGCCUUUUGUCGAACAGUUUGCCCGCAAGUCUUCGGAAAUGGUGGUGGAAGCCGCAGUGUCUUUCCCACUGUGUGCAACACUCUUCUUGCUCUCCAAAGCUGCCAUUGUUUACUCCGUUGACUGUACUUACUCGCUGGAGCAAUUCUAUUCUUUGAAGUUCUAUGUGAUGAUGACCCAGAUCUGGAAGCGAAUCAUCUUCACUUACUUGUGGGCAUGCACUGCCAUUUCAGGUUGUUUCACUUUGUUCCUCGUGGCCAUUGUUGCUAUAACCACCUUGGUUUCUAUGUUGGGGUUUCCUCCAAAUCUCAUCAUAUACCCUCCAAUUGUACUCGGAGUGAUCUUCGCAAUACUCCUAGCGAAUUGUAUAGUCAUUUGCAACAUUGGAAUUGUGGUUUCGGUGUUGGAAGAUGCAUUCGGGCUUCAAGCAUUGCUCCGGUCCGUUUCCCUCAUCAAGGGGAAAACACGGGUUGGCCUUCUUGUGUGUUUUGGAAUGACGGUCGGGUUGGAAUUCGUGAAGGGCUUGUUUGAUCGAAGGGUGAAGACUCUGAGUUAUGGGGAUGGGUCUUCAAGGCUAUGGGAAGGGCCACUUUUGGUGAUCAUGCACUCAUUCUUGCUGCUUUUGGACACCAUGAUGUACGCCGUUCUCUACUUCUGUUGUAAAUCCGGUGGAACCAUGGAAACCCGUGAUGAAGAAGAGAGUCGACCGAUUUUGGAUGCCACGAAAUCUCCUUCGACAUCAACUGAAGUCCAAUGAACUCUGCAAGUUUGGUAAACGUGUGUUGUGUGUAUUAGAUAGAACCCAUAGAAGACACUUGCAGCAAUGCAUCAAUGGUCUUGCAGAAAACAUUCUUUCUGUUUUUACAUGAGUAAGACUGUGCACAUCUUCUUGACCCAUAGAUCUCAAUGGAGUUGAGGACAUUGUUGUUGUGUACUAUACACAAGACUUCUCAUGUGGCAUCAUUAGAUUUCUUGAAAACGGGACCCGCUCAAUACGUCGUGGAAGAACAAAUCUAACGGUGCCACAUAGGACAUUGUCUGAUUGUAUAUAGACGGUUAUGUCCCCACAAAAUUUCAGUUUUGAACCUGAAAAAAGUAUCUGUAUUUGGGCAUUGGAUUUGGGAUUAGGUUCAAGUAGGUGUUUCUUUCU